AUGGCAAUGCGCAUGGCCCUCUCUCUCCUCUUUGUCAUGACCCUGGCUUGUUCAUCCCUGGCACAUCGGAAGCUCCUGCUGUUCCUAAUCGAUGGCCUUCGCCAUGAUUAUAUUGAUGAUCAAGCACUAGGGUCCUUGCCUGGCUUCAAAGAGAUUGUCAACGGUGGCGUGAAAGCGGAUUACCUGACCCCAGAUUUUCCUAGUCUUUCCUACCCAAACUACUACACCUUGAUGACUGGUCGCCACUGUGAGGUGCAUCAAAUGAUUGGCAACUACAUGUGGGACCCAACUACCAAUGCGUCGUUUGAUAUCGGUGUGACUCAAGACAGCCUAUUGCCUCUUUGGUGGAAUGGAUCAGAGCCCUUGUGGGUCACCAUGAUGAAAGCAAAGCGGAAAGUCUUCAUGUACUAUUGGCCUGGGUGUGAAGUUGAAAUCCUUGGAAUCAGGCCUACCUAUUGCCUACCAUACUACAGCGUUCCUACAGAUGCCGAUUUCUCCAGUGCUGUGAAUAAUGCUAUUGAAUCUUUGAGAAUAGGCACAGCAGAUAUGGCAGCGGUGUAUUAUGAAAGGAUUGAUGUAGAAGGUCAUCAUUAUGGGCCUUUGUCUGUUCAGAGGAAGAAUGCCUUACAAGCGGUCGACAAUGUACUGUUGAAUAUGAUUAAGUUAAUCAAGGAUAAGGGCAUGCAGAAUGACCUGAAUGUCAUUCUUUUCUCGGAUCAUGGGAUGACUGACAUUUACUGGAUGGAAAAAGUGAUUGAGCUGUGGAACUGUAUCAACAUGAGUGAUGUUAUACUAUUAAAGGACCGAGGCCCGGUUGUAAGUCUGUGGCCAGCAAAAGACAAGGAGCUUCAGGUAUAUAACAAGUUGAAGAAUGUGCCACAUAUGACAGUUUACAGGAAAGAAGAUAUUCCUGACAGGUUCUAUUAUAAAAAGGGGAAAUUUGUCUCACCUUUGACACUUGUGGCUGAAGAAGGAUGGUUCAUAGUGGAGAGCAGAGAAACGCUUCCAUUUUGGGAGAACGGCACUGGGAAAAGAGAGGCCUGGCAGAAUGGAUGGCAUGGCUAUGACAAUGAGCUCAUGGAUAUGAGAGGAUUCUUCCUUGCAUAUGGCCCAGAUUUCAAGUCUAACUUCAGAGCGGCGCCGAUCAGAUCAGUGGAUGUUUAUAACGUUAUGUGCAAAGUGGCAGGAAUACAGUCGCAGCCAAACAAUGGAUCCUGGUCCAGAGUGGAGUGUAUGUUAAAAAAUAAUGCCAGUUUGGCACGGCCAUUCCAAUGGCUCAGCUCUGCACUGGCACUAAUGCUGUUUGUGUUGUUUGUUUAACACAUUUUGUUACUCGGGUCCCAAUACAAU